AUGCACAAAAAUUUGUACAUGAUUUUAGAACUAGAAAAAAUAAGACAAAAUCACAUAGAAGGAAUUUGGGUGAAACCUUAUGCUUCACUUACAUUUCAAGUUUAUAUAAUGAGAGAAAAAUUUAUUUAUGAAUUAUUUCUAGUAAAAAAUAAUAUAGAAGACACUUGGUUAUGUAAAAAAGAUCUUAAUUCUAAGAAAGUGUUAGAAUUUACACAUGUAGAAGCUUUAGAUAUGAUUAAUGAAAUUAAUAACUUAGAUCUAAAAUUUUAUAAUUUAAAAAGUACUAUUUUUAAAUUUAAUGAAAACAUAGAAAAUAAAUUUAAAGAGCUUUUUACAUCUAAAAAUUUAGAUAAAAAAUCUAAUAACUCUUUUUUUCUUAUUGAAAAUUAUAAGAAAAAGAGUGAACUUAUAAUACAAGACAUUUGUAACGAUGUUACAAAUGUCCAUUAA